AUGUGCUCUAAAGAAGAAACGCCCAAGAAUAUUGAAGAAGUUACAAAGAUCCCAAAACAAGACCUACAAACUCAACCUGGUGUAACGCAUGAAAUGACGCCACGUCCUUUGGUUCAUCACUUGCCCACUGGUGAUCAUUUGGAAGAAUAUCAUGGUGCUUUUAAAUUGAAAAAUAAGAUUGCACUAAUUACUGGAGGAGAUAGUGGCAUUGGACGUUCGGUUGCCGCUCUAUUUUCUUUAGAGGGCGCUUCAGGUAUCGCUAUUACUUACCUUUCUCGUGAAGAAAAGGAUGCGCGUGAGAUAAAAGAGAGAAUUGAAAAGCAAUCCAAGACCGAAGUCAUAUUAAUAUGCAAGGAUAUUGGAACUGAAGAAAACGCCAUUGAUGUUGUAAAACAAGUGAUUAAUAAAUGGGGAAGAAUUGAUAUUCUUGUUAACAACGCCUCUGAACAGCAUUUGACAGAACGUAUUGAAGAUUUGUCGAGUGAACAGUUCGAACGAACCUUUAGAACAAAUAUUUUUGGCAUGUUUUACCUUGCAAAACACUCGAUUCCACAUAUGAAAGAAGGCAGUGUAAUCAUCAAUACAACUUCCGUUACCGCGUACAAAGGGCACCCAAUGUUGCUUGAUUAUUCCUCGACCAAGGGAGCUAUCGUCGCUUUCACAAGAUCCCUUUCUCUACAUUUAAUCGAACGUGGAAUCAGAGUCAACGCCGUAGCACCAGGUCCAAUUUGGACGCCACUUAUUGCCGCCUCUUUUCCACCCGAAAAAAUGGAAAGUUUUGGAAAGCAAGUUCCAAUGAAGAGAGCCGGACAACCAUCUGAAGUGGCACCAUGCUAUGUUUUCCUGGCAAGCAAUGAUUCAAGCUAUAUGUCCGGUCAAGUUCUUCACCCGAAUGGAGGAUCCGUUAUCAACGGUUAA